AUGGAGCCGUCGAGCUUAUCAGAGCAGAUGUCGGCUGAUCAACAAAGCUUCACACCUCUGACCGGUGUGGAUGUGUUUAUCAAUCUGUCGAUUACAGCAAAUGAUCAUCAUGUUGAUGUUCUUGGCACAGCUAAAGUCAAAGUCAAACUGCCAGUAAGUCAUGGCAGAAUCACUGUUCACAUGUUACGGCAGACGUCGCAGCCUUUGAUAUUGGGAACUACAUUCCUUAGGCAUCAAGAUCUCGGUUUAGAUUUCAGUCAGUCCAAAUAUAAGUGGACAAAAACAAAAGUGCGUUGUAGGAAAUCUGUCACUUUUCCACCGCGUACUGAAACAAUAAUAACGGCUUCUGUUCCGAGCACAUUUUGUAUGGGCUUACAGGGAAUUUGUACUCAGGAUAACCAUGUAUUGAAAGUCAACAUUUUAGUUUCCAAGGCUGUGGUUGUUGUUGCAAGGUUCCAUACUGUACCUGUAAAAGUGUGUAAUCCUACUGCAGAAUCAAUUGUUCUUCCUAGACGUACCGUAUUGGCAGAGUUUACUUUGCUUGACUCUGACUACAAAUGUUGUAAACUUGUUUGGACAAAUUCUAAUUUGUUAAAUGAAGAUCGUGAGCAGCUUCAGAAAGUAUUGUAUGAUAAUAAGGAUGUUUUUGUUACCAGUGAUAAUCCCGGUUUAGGGUUAACACAUGUGGUAGAACACAAUAUUGUUUUGAAACCGGGCGCCAAGCCAAAAUAUCAAAGGCCAUAUCGGUUGUCACCUGAUAAAAGGGAAGUGUUGAGGCAUCAGUUGGAUGAAGUAUUGGCACAGGGUGUGAUUGCUCCAGUAAAUGAAACUGAGGACUUGCCUAUCACCAGCCCGAUUGUCCUUGUGACUAAACGAAAUCCAGAACAAGGUCUUUUUCUUGGAUCUAACAAGCUGCUUUAUCCAUAUACCGUUUUUGUUGUGAUUUCCGUCACUUGAACAGUCAAACAUUGGAUUUUCGAUACGCCAUACCAGAUUUACAGGAAUUAACUGGGGCCGUGUCUACAAAAACGCCAAACUUUAUCAAAUUGAUCUAAGUUCUGGGUUUUUCCAGAUGGGAAUUAAUCCUGAAUCGUCCAAGUACGCUACAUUUAAUACGUGUUUUGGAACUUAUAAGUUCACACGUCUUCCAAUGGGCCUCCGUAUGUCACCCUAUACCUUCCAGCUUCUCAUGGACAAGAUCCUUCAUGGUCUGAAAAAUGUCAGAAAUAUUUCAGGAACACCUUGCUGACUUAAACCGGGGUUUUUGGUCGUUUACGUAACGCUGGCCUCAAGCUUGGACCUAGAAAGUGUUCCUUUGCUCAGUCCUCUGCUAUAUUUCUGGGACACGAAAUAUCAGCUGAUGGUAUUCGCCCUCCCCCUGACAGAAUAAAGGCAGUGCAAGACUUUCCGAAACCUGCAUCUGUGCAUGAGCUUCGUAAAGCCAUGGGACUGCUUAAUUGGUUCAGACAGUUUAUACCCAACUUUGCUGCUACUGCCUUUCCGUUGAAUAAUUUGUUGAAAAAGAAUGUGCCGUUUGUGUGGACACGUGAACAUUCACAAGCGUUUGCGGUAUUAAAACGAGCUCUUGUGAGUUCUGACGCAUUGGCGUUUCCCAGAUAUGAUUUACCCUUUUUUCUGACUGUGGAUACUUCAGGUCGUGGAAUUGGAUACAUGCUGUAUAAACGCUAUCCAGAUAACGAAACUGUUCAUGUUAUAGGGUUUGGCUCAAAGGCUUUGACGCGAUUGCAGCGCUCAUAUGGACGGACGAAACUUGAACUUCGCGGCAUGGUUACUACAUGGCAUCAAUUACUGAUUGCGCUUCAUAUUUGCGAGGCCGCCAGUUUGUGCUAGAAUGUGAUCACCAGGCUUUGAAACCUCUGUUUCAGAAGAAAUUUCGCAGCGCCAUCUACGAACGCUGGAUGACAAUUCUUCAACAGUUCAAUUUCAGGAUUGAUUACACGCCAUCCAUGCAGAUGCACGUGCCUGACGCUCUGUCGCACUGUCACCCGAACGCCGAAUUUGGAUCCGCGGGACCCAGUCCUGAUGAAGAGGUCCUGUAUUUUCCAUAUGUACCAAAGAAGAUUUCUCACCCGAUUCUUAUGACGGAAGGAGGUCAACUACAGGAUUUAACUGAGUGGGAUGACACCUCAGUGGAUGAAAACUUGCCACCCGUUACAUUACAACCCGAGAUUGUAGCAAACUGUUCAUCUCAACCACAGAAACAAUGUGUAAAUUGCUCGCAUGUGUAUGGUGCCGACACUGAAGCCGGAAUUCCCAUAGUAACAGUGCGAGAAGUUCAUGACCAGAAUUUACACCAAC